UUUCCAUUAAUUUAAUCAAUAGCUGAUUAGAUUUCUUUCCAAUCAGCUCGGCGUUGGCUUGUUGGUCAUAUGGUUUUCCAGCCGAUUUCCUCUUAACCGGAUCGCUGUUUGAGUGUUUGUUUCUUGUCAAUUAAUUUAAUCACCAUGAAUCUUUCAGACGCUGAACUGUCACAAAUCUAUGAGAAAACAAAGGUUUCAUCUGCUUCUCCAGCCUUGGCAACAUGUAAAACUCUGAUUCAUAUUCUGGAAACGGAUAAUUCAUCAACUCUUCAAGAAUUUAGUGUAAAGAUUACAAAAGUAAUCGAAUCCCUUGAAUCAAUUGAACCCUUGAUUGAAGUUGAAUCUCUUUCAGAGAUUUUCUUACGUUUUAUAACAUUAACAGUAGCAGAGUAUCAGUUAAUAGAUGAAGUCCGAGAAGCACUGAAAAAACGUGGCAAUUUAUUCCUAGAGAAAGUGGUCAAUUGUUCUCAGAAAAUCGUCAAAUAUGGUCACCCAUUCAUUUACGAAGGUUCCAAUAUCCUGGUUCACUCAUAUUCCCCUGUUGUUUUGGAUACUCUGUUAUUUGUAAAGAAUUUAGGAAAACGUUUCUGUGUUUAUGUAACUAAAUCAGCUCCUGAUAAUAGCGGUGAAAAAAUGUAUAACCAGUUGAAAUCCCACGAUAUUCAAUGUUCACUCAUCUUGGACGCUGCUAUCGGUCAUUUCAUUGAAAAGGUUGACAUGGUUAUGGUUGGUGCCGAUGGUGUUGUUGAAAACGGUGGCAUUAUCAAUAAAAUUGGCACUUAUCCGUUGGCCUUGUGUGCGAAAGCCUUUAACAAACCAUUAUAUGUAUUAGCUGAAAGUUACAAGUUCAUCCGUCAUUAUCCACUUAAUCAAGCCGAUAUACCUCAGCCCAUCAGGGGAACCGAUAAAAGAGUCCGUCGGAAAAGUGGUACUGUCGAUGAUUUCUGUCCACUUGUUGAUUAUACUCCACCGAAAUAUAUUACUCUUCUUCACACCGAUUUAGGUACUUUAACCACCGCUGCCGUUAGUGAUGUUCUAAUACAACUUUACCUAUGAUAAUUAAUGAACUGUACAUAUUUAUAUUUAUAUUUAUAUUAGAUCAUUUUCUUAGGUCAAAUUUUUGUAUAAGUCGUUUGUUUAUCUUUGGAAAUGGUCAAUUGUUUUGCUUUUAAAGGUUAAGAAAAAUUUCCGAUUCCAAUGGGAAAACAUCAAAAUCCUCGCCAUCACAAUCAAUCAAUUGUAUCGAAUCACCAAGGGAACCAUGAUGCUGAAUUUUAUCGUCAACAGCUAAAUAUUCAAUUACCUGGGAAUCAUUAGAGAUUUUAACUGCUCUCGUGUAACAAUCAACAUCAAAAUUAUCAAACAAUUUUGUCCGUUGUAGAUAAACACACUCAGCAUCCAUGGCCCCCAUUCCAAUGACUUUACCUUUCACCUCGACCCAUAAAUUGUUAGACAAUUGAUCUCGUAUCUAAUGAGAAAUAACAUUAAUCAUCACGAUCAGUAAAUUAUUGUGGACAAAUUUUGAUUGUCACAAUUUGAAAGAAGCUAUUUUCAAAUCAAUAGCUUUUUCUAUCCAUUAGAAAAUGAAUCAGAAAACUUACCUGAGAAAAAUGUUGUUCAUUUUCAAUAUUUUUAACGAAUAUUAUCAAAUUUGAAUUGGAACAAUCAACAACCCGGAUUCGUUUUAAUCUUAAUUCAACCUGAUAAUCAAACAGACAAAUCAAAUUACAAGUUAAUUGUCAUGUCAAACUUUUCGAGUAAUCAAAACAACAAACCAAAUCAACUCACCGCUUUAAUUUUACCCAAUUGGAUCACAGUUUUACCAAUCAUAUCCUUCAUCUGCUGGACAGUUACUCUCGGUGUACAAUCCAUAAUUAGUCAAUUAAAUUAUUUAAAAGACGAAACAAUCAACAAAGUAAAAUUUUAAAACGUAACAAUUAAAAACCGAAAGCGAAAACAUUUAAGAGGAAAACAAAAAGUUCUAAACUAGUGACAUCUAUUGUCUCCCGUUGGAACUAAAAAGUUUUGAAUUUAUUUUUCGUUUUUUUGUUAAUCUUCAAUGUGAACUUAUAUCGGAACAAUUAACUAAUAAAAUUAAUCUUUCCAUGGAA